AUGGUCUAUACCAAGAGACUACUCGGUGAGAGGCAAGAUCCAGGCGAGCAACGACUCGUUGAGCUGGAGUAUUCAGCGAGCUUCAGUCUUCAAAUCAGAGACAACAGUGAGCAGUCACAGCACGCGGAAUUUCUCAGGGGAAAGACUAUAUUGGUCACCGGUGCAACUGGCUUCUUGGCAAAGGUAUUUGUGGACAAGUUAUUAAGGAUUCAAUCAGAUUUGAAGAAAUUGUAUCUUCUUCUCAGAGCUUCUGACUCUGAGGCAGCCACACAUCGCAUGCAUGAUGAAAUUAUAAGGAAGGAGCUGUUUAGAGUUUUACGGGAAAAAUGGGGUGCGGAUUUUGAAUCUCUGCUGGCAGAGAAGGUAGUUGCUGUUGCAGGAGAUGUUUCUGUUCCAAAUUUGGGGAUUAAAAAUGCAAAUCUUGAAAAGAUGUGGGAGGAAAUAGACGUCAUUGCCAACUUUGCUGCUAAUACCAACUUUGAUGAAAGAUGUGACAUCGCUAUGGAGAUUAACACGAUGAGGGCUUUACAUGUGUUAAACUUCGCCAAGAGUUGCCGUAAGAUCCAAGUUUUUCUUCACCUAUCAACAGCUUACAUUUGUGGAGAGCCUCGGGAAGGAGAACUGAUUAAGGAGGAACCUUUACGGAUGGGUCAAACCCUAAACGACGCCUCAAAAGUCUUAGAUUUUUACGCAGAAAAGACAUUGAUUCAAAAAACAAUUGAACAACUCAGAUCACAAUAUACUGACAACGACAUGGCUAUUACGUCUGCAAUGAAAGAUUUCGGAAUUAAGAGAGCAAACUUGUAUGGAUGGCCAAACACUUACGUAUUCACAAAAGCAAUGGGAGAGAUGUUGGUGUCGGAUUUUAAAAAUGAGAUUCCAUUAGUUAUCAUACGCCCUACCAUGAUCACAAGUACCUACAAGGAACCUUUUCCUGGUUGGAUUGAAGGUUUGAGAACACUUGAUGCUGUAAUUGGUAGCUAUGGUAAAGGAAAAGUAGAAUGCUUUCUCGGUGAUCCCCAGACAAUUUUGGAUGCGAUACCCGCGGAUAUGGUGAUAAACUGCAUGUUGGCAGCAAUGGUGAUUCACUCAAACAAAGCUUCAGAGAAGUAUAUUUACCAUGUGGGUUCAUCGUUUAGAAAUCCUCUUGGGAUUUCUUAUGUCCACGACCUCACGUAUCUUUAUUUCAAGAACAAGCCCUGCACUAAUAAAAGUGGGAAGCCAAUUAUUGUGCCCAAGGGAGUUCUUCUGACAAGUAUUAUAUCUGGGGAACAAAGUGUGUUGCCAGAUGUUCCAGGAUUCUUACAGCCAAAAUCACAAGAAAAUGAAGAUGGUGAUACGAGUGGUUGA